AUGCGCCAUCGCGUCCUUCUUGUCCUGUUCGUGGCGGCCACGUUGGUCCAGUGCUGUAUCUGCUUCGCCAGCGCGGACUUGAACUCGGUGGAAGGCCGUAUACUCGAGAUUGCCAAGAUUCGCCGUCUUCGAGGGGCAGGCUCCACCCCCCAAGAAGAAAGAGGGCUCCUUGAUGCAUUCAAGCGAAUCUUCUCAAGUCCCUUUUUGGAGAAAGAGGAGAUGCAGCUCCGGCGCAUGAUCCAUGCCCAGCCCAUGGGGGAUUCCCUCCCUCAUGAUCACAAGAUCAUGGUCCCUCCUGACCGACCAUCCCCAAAACAGUUCACAGUUGCUAUAAUCGCAGCGCUUUCGAUGCUCGGAGCGCUCGUCGAAGACAUCGGGUGGCAGCUGGAGUACGUGCUGUAUUUGGGUGGGUCGAGAAGUUUUCAAGAACCGCUGGACUUGGUGCAGCUGUAUGUGUUAGCUGCCUUGUCGUUUAGUCCAGAUGGUCGUGUUUACGUGCUUUGUGGACGAGAUGCAAGUGCUUGUGAAGAAGCUGAUGACGGGAGCGCCGUGGAGGUUACCAAGCACACGAUUGUAGACUCGAUCGUCACCUUCAAGCUCAAUCUCGCCACUUGUACUCCGAAAUUGACUCCGGCACAUUGCCACACUUGCAACGAUAUCGCUCCUGCUCCACCGGGUGUCCGCAUAUGCACGUUCGAUGUCAAGUUGUAG